AGGUUUUUAAUGGGGUGCCGUGGACGUCACUGUAGAUGGCGCGCGUGCACGUGAGGAGUCGUGCGCGACCCCGCGAGCAGCUGGAACGUGCUGCUACGUGGCUGCAUGGCGGCUCAGUGCUACAUCUAAACUCUCUGAGGACCGAGGCUGUGACUAUGAAAAGCGCAACCACAAGUAAAGUACAUUUAGCCCUCGUUCACGGUGUAAAUCGCAGCUCUUUGCAUUUGUAUAACGUUGCAGAGCAGUGAACUUCAUCCUUUUUGGAUAAAGACGUGAAAGAAAAGGACUUUAGCAAAAUGCCGAGCGAUGGAGUGAAGCAGAGGAAAGGCAAAGCAGGAGAAACUCCUGACACCUCGAAACCGUGCGGAAGAGAUGAAGUUCAGAAAGAUGGAGAUGGAAAAACUGAUCAAUGUUCUUCAGUAGAUGCCAGGACUGUAGUGAGUUUGCUGUCUCUGAGUGCAUGCUUUCUGCUGGCCUGGGCCAUCCUUCAACAGAAUGCAAGGUUUAAUGAAGUUGAGGAAAAAUACAAGCAUUUGUAUGAAAAGGCAGCUGAUCUGCUAGCACUGGAGAAGAAGUUCAUUGCAGCUUCCAGAAAGCUGGAGGCCUCCGAAGACCAUCUGAAGGGGGCACUCUCCUCUCUCACCACACUAACUGAGCUGCAACAGGAAGUCAUCUCCCUCAAUGGCAUUGUUACAGCUAUGCAAGAGGACCAACAUGCAUCAUCUCGUCGCCUCCAAAGUGUGAAUGAGCGCUUCUUGAACGUGACUGAGACAUGGCAUGGCGGACUGGCCACUGUGACAGAGGACCUGACUACGCUGAGGUCCGAGUCUCGCUCAAUUCAUGGCCAUGUAACGGAGCAUGUUAACGAAGCUGAGGAGCGCCUGCGAGCUCUAAACAAACGUCUAGAGGAGCUAGAAGACAGCACAAAGAGAAAUGGGCGCGUGCUGGAGCGCACAGAGGAGGAAGAUGCCAAGAGUGUUCAGAAUCAGCUGGACUGGAACACCAAGCAGGUGAGCAGGCUUCAGGAGCAACUUGUGUUGCUCUCCAAAAGAGAUGCGGAGCUUGAGGAGAAGCUGGUGGAGAUGGAGCCACAGGCCAAAGAAUGUGGAGAACAGCUACCUGUCGUAGAGGAUGCAGUCAGGUCUAUCCUGAGGUUAGGAGCUGACCUAAGCGGGGCCGAGAGGAGGCUUGAGGAACUCACGUUGCAAGUGGUGGGCACUGAGGAUAGCACACUCAAGGCACUGACUGAGAUUCUGCAGCUCCAGCAGACCCUUGAUGAUCUGCAGGUGGACAACAGUGUGAUGAAGGUGAGGAAUGAGCUUGGAGUUGUCCUGGAUGCCAUGAAGGAGCUUAAGCGUGUGCAUAGAGAACAAGAACUGGAUUCUGGAAGAGAGGAGCCUGAACAUGAUGAGGGGAAGGACGUUGAGACAUUGAACAUCAAGCAAUUAAACGAUGAUAAUAAAGGUUUGGAGGAGAAAAGUUUUCUAGAAUCAACAGCAGGUCACAGUAUGAGUGCAGAAGCUGAGGAGAUCCUGUUGACUGAAUUAAAUGAACUGCACUGAUUUUGUUUAAAGACAACCUGAAAUCAAAACUGACAUUUUUUACUGUGUUUCUUUAUGUACCUGCCUCUUUUUUUAUGGAAAUAAAGACAAAUUCCUUGUUUUGUUUAA